UAACUCAAAGGUAAUCUUUAAAAAAAAAUCGAUUUAAAUUAAAAUAAUUAAUAGGAUUUAUGGUUAACCACUCUUAAAGUUGAUCCACCAUAGACAUCUAGGGUUAACAGCUAGAGAAAAUUAAUUAAGAGACCAAUAGACCAAUUAAGUCAAACCUAAAACAAAGAAAUGUGUAUUAUUUUGCCACUGGUAAUAGAUAUUAAAUUAAUCGUGACCAACUAUAUGAUAUGUAUUGUAGGACUGAAUAAGUUUACAGGGAAGAAUAAGUUCGAGGAAGAAAAACCAAAUAGGUAUUAUCUAUACGAAGUUGGAUUUGUUACAGGAAGGUAUGUUGUGCCAUACUUUACACUUAGAAUUACAUUGGGAAUCAUACUUUUCUCUGCGUUGUUGAUCUAUAAAUAUCGAAGAAGACAUGUAUCAAUAUAUGAAAAUAUCGAAGAUUUUCUGCAAGGCAAUACACUCAUGCCAAUAAGGUAUUCAUACAAAGAGAUAAAGCAGAUGACAAAAAAUUUCAAAGUAAAAUUGGGUGAAGGAGGUUAUGGAGAUGUGUAUAGAGGAAAUCUAAUAAGUGGGCCAUUUGUAGCCAUAAAGAUGUUGAAAAUUAAAUCGAAAACCAAUGGGCAAGAUUUCAUAAGUGAAGUUGCAACUAUAGGAAGAAUAUAUCAUUCAAAUGUGGUAAGACUCAUUGGGUUUUGUGUCGAAGGAUCGAAACGCGCUCUUGUUUACGAGUACAUGCCCAAUGGCUCACUUGAUAAAUAUAUUUUCAACAAAGAGGGAGUUAUAUCUCUAACUAACGACCAAAUAUAUGAGAUAUCUCUUGGAGUGGCUCGUGGAAUUUCAUAUCUUCAUCAAGGCUGUGGUAUGCAAAUUUUGCAUUUUGAUAUUAAGCCUCACAACAUUCUUCUUGACGAAAAUUUUGUCCCUAAAGUUUCGGACUUUGGUCUUGCAAAGCUUUAUCCUAUUGACAAAAGCAUUGCCACCUUGACAGCAGCAAGAGGAACAAUCGGUUACAUGGCUCCUGAAUUGUUCUACCAAAAUAUCGGAGGAAUAUCAUACAAGGCUGACAUGUAUAGCUUUGGAAUGCUUUUGAUUGAAAUGGCAAGUAGAAGAAGAAAUUUGAAUACACAUGCUGAGCAUUCAAGUCAACUUUACUUUCCCUUUUGGAUUUAUGAUCAGCUGUCUGAAAAUAGAGAAAGAGAAAUGGAAGAUGUUAUCAUGGAGGAAAUCAAUGAUGUUUUGAAGAAAAUGUUCCUAGUUGCACUUUGGUGUAUACAGUUGAAACCCAUUGAUCGUCCUUCAAUGAACAAAGUAGUAGAGAUGCUUGAAGGAGAUAUUGAAAAUAUUGAAAUACCUCCAAAGCCUUUACUAUAUCCACAUGAAACAAUUCAAGAGAAUCUUGAUACCAACUCAAAUGAAACAGAAUCAGAUACAGGCUCUACCAGUUAUGUGGAGGAAAUUGCAUCCAAUACUUUAUUGAAGUGUUCAGCUUGAAAAUUGCAAGUAAUUAUAUACUACCUUACAUUUGUACUAUUUCGUUGUCUCAUGUCCUAGUAUAUCAGUGUAUUAUUUUCUUCAUGUGUAAAAUAUGGUGUGAAUUUGUUAGUAUAGAUGCUAAAAUAUAAGUAUUGCAUAUGCAUUAUGCAAGAAUAACACAUAUUUCCUUGAAGUGGUAUGGAA